AUGAGGUUUCCUUCGUUGAGACAGCUUAAUAUACGCGCGGGAACUCUGGGGGCUGAGACAAGGUCACUCGUGGUGAUCGAGAGGUCGGGGCCGUGCCAACUGGAGACGCUUGUCGUUCGAGAGCUCGUGCUUGCAGGCAAAGAUACAGUAUAUCAUCGACUGACUGCGCUGCUCAAGCUUGUGCCCUGGCUCAGGCAUCUCUCCCUCGAUGGUGCGUCUGGCAGCUCGGGGAGUGAUGCGCUAUUCGACGACUUCCUCGAUCAUAAUGACAAUGACCAAGCACCACUACUUCCAUCUCUUGAAAAACUGACGCUGAACGGAAUUUCCCUCAGUAAUGCCUUCAUCCGAUUCCUCGAAGAGCGCGAGAGGCCUUCGCCGAGUAUCAGUACCACGCUGGAAUGUCUGGAACUGAAGCGCGUGCACGAGACGACCACGGAUGUGCUGCAGAAGAUCCGAAAGAUCGUAAUGCAGGGAGGACACAAAGCUCUGCGUCUGGUCACGACCGAGUUGGAACAGACUCGGCGAGUCUUCUUCCCUUUGCCUCAAGAUGUCAGUUUUGACUCCUCCAUCAGGCUUCUUCAUCCAGUCGAUAUCCCCGCAGCAAAGGGCGCCACAGAUGGCUUGCUGGAUGCGGCUGGAAUUGAGCACGACCAGUCGUCUUAUCGAGCCGAUGGAUAUGCAUUUUCCAUCAUGCGCCCGUACUGA